AAAGGAAACGGGAUGUGUUGGAAGUGUAGACAGGCUUCAUUCAUUGCAAUAAUUAAUGUAUAGCAAUAUCUUUAUUGCAAUUGUUUAAAAAACAAUGCAUUUCCUAUUCCUGCACACAUUAGUUUGUCUAAAUCUAGUACCGUCUGCAAUCGGCAAAACCAUAGCAGGAGUUUUCAGCAGCGUUGCAGCAAGAAAUACAAGAGGGCAGUACAUUGGAAAAUUUCUAUAUCACGGGAAGAAUGCAUUAUUACACUGCAGACUUGAAGACAUCCAAGCAGCUGUUGAGAAGGAAGCCACACUGAUCCUCUUCCGUGAGAAUGCAUGGCUAAACCUACACGAAUCCGAAAAUCUCAGCUGUUUAGAGCAUCUUUCAAAAGCUGAGCUGACAAUUGCUUUGAACCAAGAAGAGAAUAACCAGACAAUACCUCAGCUCCAUUUCCCUCAGACAUGGUAUGUUAGUUAUGUGGACCAGCAUACCUGUGAAGAAGGUGAUGUCAUUGCUUCAGAUGCAAUUCAAUUUGAGAUCAUGAUGUUCAACCCUGAUGCAGCAGGGAAUCCACUGGAUCACUUUAGUGCAGAAGAAACUGGCUUACAAGGCUUCUAUUUUCUGCUCUUAUUGGCCUACUUUGUAGCUACCUGUAUAUAUGCUCAACCACUAUGGCAGACUAUGCAAAAAGGUGGCCCAAUGCACACGGUUUUGAAAGUUUUGUCUACCGUAUUGUUGCUGCAGGCCGGUGCAGCAUUAUUCAACUACAUCCACUUGUCAAGAUACGCAAAAGAUGGUAUUGGGAUUCCUAUUAUGGGUAGUUUUGCUGAACUUUUUGACAUGGUUUCCCAGAUUCAGAUGCUGUACAUGCUGCUGAGUUUAUGCAUGGGCUGGACUCUGGGUAAAAACCGCAAAUCCCAGAGCAAACCCCUGCAGUGGGACUCCACUCCAACAUCUACAGGAAUUGCUUUGGCAGCUGUAAUCACUCAGGGUAUUUUAUUACUUUGGGAGCAGUUUGAAGAUGCAGAUCACCACGGUUACCAUGCUCAUCGCAGUAUGGCAGGAUUGCUGCUAAUUGGUUUAAGGGUGAGCCUCUCCAUGUUGUUGGCUUCUAGCCUUUACCAAAUCAUCACUGUUGAGAGAAGUGUACUUAAAAGGGACUUCUACUUAAGCUUUGCAAAGGGCUGCUUUUUGUGGUUCUUGUGCCACCCAACAAUUGUGGCUCUUUCUGUUGUGUUCAGUGAGUACCAGAGGGAAAAGAUCAUUACCGUUGCUGUUAUCCUUUGCCAAUCUAUAUCUGUGGUAGUACUAUACAGACUCUUUCUUUCUCGCAGUCUGUACUGGGAGGUUUCAUCAUUGUCAUCUGUUACGCUGCCACUAACCAUGUCAAGCGGGCACAAAAGUCGAUACUACUCAUAACAGUAAACAACAAGUGUUGAACAUACAACAGUGACCAAUAGUUUAUAGAGAGGAACGCUCCGUUCACAUAGCCCUGAUGAUUGAGAUUGGUGACCACUGCUUUUGCACAGUGUGAAAGUGGAAACAGACCAUGUGGUCAACUGAGUGUAACCAAACGCACACAAAAUAGUGUCCCUAGCUAUUGACUGGUGUAGAACACAAUUCUGUACAUUGUAAUUCAUUUCUUAAGAUCAUAGUUUUACUGACAUUAAAUAUUCCACUGUUAAAAGGUGUCUAUCAAAUACAAAUAUACAGUGGGGUCCAAAAGGAUAUUAUUAUAUUCUAAUUUAAAUGUUUUUAUCUGUGUAAAUUUAAGUUUAAGGUAUAUCAUUUGCCUGUAUUAGUAGAUAUCCUACCUUACGCAAUGCUGUUAAACACUUAAUUCCUUGAAGCACCCCUCUUAGCCCUUAUGACAGCCAGACAAAUGUUUUUAGACUAUCAGUAAAUUACAUGGUUAUAGCACUCACUACACUGGCUCAUAGAAAUGACAUAUGUAGUGGGGGGUUGUUUCAGGACAUACAGUUGAAAUAUAGAAAUAACAGUAUAGCAAUGUUCCUGUUCUGCUAUGCACAGAGCUAUGCUGAAGGGCUUUUAGGUAGACAAACCAAGUCACUAUAAAAAAUUGUUCUUUAAACAAUCAACAGCCUAUGUCCUGAUGAGAAGGUUGGAAUGUGUGCUCUGGGAUCACUCAUAACAGAAUCUGUACAAACCUCACUUCACACAGUCUGUCUCAGUGAAAGGAUGCAAAAGUAAUGACUGAUGACCUGUGUUGGCUCCACGAAAUGAUUAAUAAGAUGCAUGUGACCUGUAUGUUUGUCUGUAGUGCCAGAGCGCAGAUAACAUCUUUUGGGUGCAUCAUGUGAAAUGGUCUGCUUUAAAAAAAAAAAAAAAAAAAAACUGCAACACUAAAAGGCUGGACAAAAUCAGAACAAUUAUACAGUGCUUGUGUCCACAAACAUAUGGGUCUGUACAUAUAUUUAAAGAGCGGGUGUUCAUCUUUUCAGGGAUUAUAGAUAUUUAGAAGGCAACAAAUGUCCCACCCCCCGAGGUGGCAUAAACCUUUUACAGUGCUGUUUAGAUCAACUGAAGUGACCAUCAAUGCUUUCACAAAACUGCAUUUAUUUCAUUGAUGAUUCUUUUCAAUUUCUUGAAACUUAAGCCCACAUGUUUCUUAUUCUUCAUUUAAGGAUAAGCUCUGUCAAAGCUUAUAAUCAUCCUUAAAAUGUUCCCCUUAACCUUAGUAAGAAAACAUGUACUGUAGAAGAAGGCUGCAGUUGUUUGCUCUGGUACUAGAUAUUAUAGUACUCAAGGGAAACAUUUAGAAGUGUCAAAUAAGGUUUAGGAUUUGGCAUAAAAGCUAAUGGUCUGUAUUUGUAAUGCUCUGCUGUUUGUUUGUUUUUAAAAUUUGACUGAAUUAUAUAUACUUGAAUGCAAUGACUGAACUUUUUCCCCCAGAUCAAGCUCAUGAGACUGUAUCUGGUGUGACAGAGUUGUAUUGCAUUAAGAGAACGCUGCAGCAAUCUGUUACAUUUGUUGUGUACAAUAUUUGUUAUUUUCAGAAGUGCCUAUGUAUGUAAAGAAUAUGCGGACAAUCAAAUAUUUCAGGCUGGCCAAUAGCAAGGAAUAACAUGAGCAUUAUCAUGUAUGAAUUUAUCAUUUAUUUCAGGUUUACGUUUGUAAAGAGAUUACAUGCCACAACCAUGCAUGCAUUUAAAAAAAAAAUCUAAUGUGUACUAUUAUGAUUUUAUUUAUUGUUGCACAUUUUUUAAACUAAUGAGGGGCAGGUUUUAGUGCUUAAAAAAAAAAAAUAGUGCAUGAUUCUAGUUGUAUGGUUUUAAAUGCACUACAUUGAAAUGAAAUGUAUUUUGUGAUGUAAAUAAAUAAACCUGGAUAUGUACAUUUUUAAUGUGACACAAUUUUUUUUCUUAAACAUGUUGUCAUUCUAGGCUAUCUCUCAGCACCCGGAAGAAAUCCUGCACAACAGUUAGCAUCAGUAUUGACUAUUCCUACAGAAACACAGACUGCAGACACAACUAUCAUAAUAUAAAGUAAUAGUACGGAAUUCAUUUCUAUUAUUUUUCAGGUAAUAGCUAGACUAACGGCCUGGACACACACACACACGAGUGGAGUGGUGCUGCACAGUAGAUUAUCAUAGCAGCAAAAUAUCACUACCCCUGAUUUGAUGUGAUCCAUGCGGCUGCUAAUAAUAUAACAAGUUGCUACGUUGUUUAAGUUUACGAGGUAACCUGCAGUUACUAUGACAUUAAGUUGCAAAAGCCCUAAAUAAGUUUGACCAAUUAGUGAGAUCAGAGGUUUUGUU